UAGCAGAGCCGUGUGAGGCGCACGUGUGCUUGCGGCGGGGUCCGGUGAGUCACGGUUACACAGCACUUCUGCUCCGGGGCUGGAGCCGCGGUAUAUAGAGGAGGAGAGGCGGGGAUCCGCACACUGCACGGCGGCCGAGGACAUGGACACAGCCCGGAGCCUCCUGGAGCGGGCGGGGACCCUGCACCUGCACACCGGCAACCUGAUGAACUGGGGCCGGCUGAAGAAGAAGUGCGCGGUGACCCCGGGCGAGGAGUUGGGGGAUUGCAUACGGACGACUCUAAACGAAUGGAGCUUGAAAGUGACCCCUGAGCUUGUGCAGGAAUCUCCCGAUACACUGGAGUGCGCCAUGACGCCGGCACUGGAAACCAUAAACCACGAAGAAAGAGACGAGAUGAAAGUUUCUGUGAAGCUCUUUAUCUUGGGAAAUGGCCUGUCCGCCAUCAGCCACGCUGUGGACAUGGCGUGUUCCACCCUCGCCGUUGCACAGCUGGAUUCUGUGAUCAUCGCUCCGCCUCCUCUGGGAGAUGGCGUCACCCUCACCCUGGAGCACCUGCAGCCGUACUGGAGGGAGCUGGAGCGCCUUGUGCAGGAGGGAAAAGUCAUUGCCAUCGGGACGUCUGAUCUGGAUAAACCUCUUCUGGAGCAGCUUUACCUCUGGGCACAGGUGAAGCCGAGCAGUAACCAGGUGAAUCUGGCGUCGUGCUGCAUCAUGCCCCCGGACCUGACCGCCUUCGCCAAGGAAUUCGAUAUUCAGUUAUUGACGCACAGCGAUUCCAAAGAAAUCUUAUCUGAAGAAAAGUUCCAAGAAUUUCUCGGUGAAGGGAUCCAAGGCGCCCGGGUGGAUGGAUGGAGCCCGCAAUGGAUCCUACGAUAUUCUGUCAUCGUGAAAACGCGCGGAAUUAUAAAAUCAAAAGGCUACAUCGUAGAAGCCAAGAGGAAAGCUCCGCACUAACCCCCCGGGGCCCCAACCGCUGACCACCACCCCCACCGGGGCCCGAACCGCUGACCCUUACCAGACACACAGAUGGUGCAAAAAAAUAUAUGACCAAAAUGACCCUGGCGAUUCCUGCAGCCGCCAUCUUGUUUACAGACUGGAAACUGUGGCUCAGGGAGAGAAGCCGAGGAGCCAAACCCUGUAAAUCUGCCCCCGAAACGUCGCUCUACUUGGCUCCGCGGAAACGGCACAAACAGGCGGCGCAUUGUUCUGUGGUUAUGGAAUCUCCGCUAUCGGGUGACGGUUCUGUCAUUUAUGGAUCUUAGGGCCUUGAAUUACAAUGUUACUGCAGUAAUAGUCACUGUUCUUUAUUUUGCACUACUACUCCCAGCAUGCCCACACAGCCAACAGCUGUCCAGGCAUACUGGGAGUUGUAGUUUUGCAAUCGCUGGAGGUCCACAAUUUGGAGACCACUGUUGCAAGACCAUCGCCUCCGCUCAGUCUAAUGCAGUGUUUCCCAACCAGGGCGCCUCCAGCUAUUUCAAACUACAACUCCCAGCAUGCCUGAACGGUUGUUGGCUGUGUGGGCAUGCUGGGUCUUGUAGUUUUACAAUCGCUGAAGGUCCAACAGUUUGGAGACCACUGUUGUAGGAACAUCCGCACCCCUCAGUCUAAUACAGUGUUUGCUAACCAGCGUGCCUCCAACCGUUGCAAAACUACAACUCCCAGCAUGUCCAGACAGCCUUUGACAGUCGAAUGCAGUUUUUCCACAACCCAGGUGCCUCCAGCUGUUGCAAAACUAUAACUUCCAACUUUUGCCCGUAAUUAACGUUUCCAUUCACUGAUGGCAAGCGGUGAUUGAACAGAAUGCUGCCCAUUAUGUUUCCUUAUAAAGUGUUUCCCAACCAGGGUUCCUCCAGUAGUAGCUGUUGGCUGUUCGGGCAGGCUGGGGGUUGUGGUGUUGCAACAGCUGGAGGCACCCUGAGUGGGGAAACACUGCCUCGGACUGAGGGGUGGGGAUGGCCCUACAACAGUGACCUUCAAACUGUGGCCCUCUGGCGAUUGCAAAACUACAACUCCCAGCAUGCCCGGACAGCCGAAGGCUGUCCGGGCAUGCUGGGUGUUGUAGUUUUGCAACAGCUGGAGACACUCUGAGAAACACUGUUAGUUCAGUUUUUUUCCGUUCAUAAAUGUGACCCGGCUCCAGGUAGACCGUGCCGGCGCCGUAUACUGAUUACGGAUUAUAUGGUUCUUAUCUUGGCGCUAAGGUCAUCAUAGUAACGUUAUAAACCCCAGAUACUUCCCGCUGCUGACAAAUUUUUUUUUUUUUUUACGUUUUUGUUCUUUGAUAUCUCAAGAACGAGUUUGUUUUAUUUCACACGUGAUGGAAAUUUUCUGGAGCAAAACCCACUUUUGCGUUGCGCAAUAAUUUUUUUUCUUACAUAUUUCACCCCUUUGCCGCAUAAAAAAAAAAAAUUUAAAAAAAAUUUGGAAAAUUUUGCUACAGAAUCGAACCACCGCAGCGUGCACAUAUUUCCAGACUGUGGAUUCUGCCUGCGCAAAUCUGCAAGUUAAAAAAAAAGUGACAAUUUGUCCUGUGAGAAUUAAGUCUUAAAGGGGUACUACACUGGAAAAUAUUAUUAUUUAUUAUUAUAAAUUAUAAUUUUUUUAAUCAACUGGUGCCAGAAAGUUAAACAGAUUUGUAAAUUACUUCUAUAUAAAAAAAAAAAAAAAAAAUCUUAAUCCUUCCAGUACUUAUCAGCUGCUGUAUGCUCCACAGGAAGUUAUUUUCUUUUCAAAUUUAUUUUCUGUCUGAGCACAGUGCUCUCUGCUGCCACCUCUGUCCAUGUCAGGAACUGUCCACAGCAGGAGAGGUUUUCUAUGGGCAUUUGAUCCUUCUCUGGACAGAGGUGGCAGCAGAGAGCACUGUGGUCAGACUGGAAAUAACUACACAACUUCCUGUGGAGCAUACAGCAGCUAAUAAGUACUAGAAGGGUAAAGAUUUUUUUUAAUAGAAGUGAUUUACAAAUCUGUUUUAACUUUCUGGCACCAGUUGAUAAAAAAAAAAAUAUAUAAAUUCCCACCGGAGUACCCCUUUAAAGCGUACCUGUCACUUAAAAAAAAAAAAAAAAAGUGUCCUAGCAACAUGUCAAAAGUUUAGAUCAUUGGGGGGCGGGCCUGAAUGUUCAGACCUCCAUCGAUCAGAACGAGUCGGGGGAAGACGUCGCGGCCGCGCGUUCUGUCACGUGAUCAAGCCGCGCUCCAUAGACUUGUAUUGAGGGUGCGUGAUCAUGUGACACUGACCUGGGAGAGAACGUGGACUUCUCCCGGCUGGUUCUCCUGAUCGGUGAAGGUCGGAUCGUCGUCUUUGUAAAUUACGUUUUUUUUGGGCGGGUUUUUUCCGCCGUUUGUACGAAAUAUGGACCCCCCCCCCCAAAAAAAAUUUGGUGUUGACUACAAUAUACAUCAGGGUAUGUGCGACCGUACUGUGAUGUCAUCAGACCUUUUGCGGUGCACUGUAGGAUGAUGUAAUUUACCGAAGUGGCUUUCUACCCGCUCUUCCCGUACACGUGCAUGCUCAUGUUGGCUGAGCGUGCACGUGUUCUUUAUAGCUGUUUACUCAGCUUUACGCAGAAGAGCGGUCCCAGGUUAACCCUUGUCCGUACCGUUUGCAAUAAGUGACUUUAGUGUCGCUCUCCGAUGUUCAAUAUGUAACUCGAUAACCCGCGGGAUUUUUUUGGCGGCAGACGUGGACCUUGGCACCGCGCUCCGUAUUAUUGCACAAGGGACCAGUUAUGUUUAUCUAACGCAACUUUACUUUUAUUUCUCCUAUUUCAACAUCCACUUUCUAUAGCUAUUGCAAAACUACAACUCCCAACAUGCCCUGACAGCCGAAGUGGUGGGAGUUGUAGUUUUGCAACAGCUGGAGCGCCACAAGGUUGGGGACCACUGAAAUUAUUCUAUUGCAGUGCCCCCCAAUCUGUGGUUCGCCGGCUGUUGCAAAACUACAACUCCCAGCAUGCAAGUAGUUUUGCAGCGUUUUUUAGUUUUUUUUUUUUUUUUUUUUUUUUUUCAUGGCUGCGGCAACUCUCAGCAGGACCAGACAGUUUUUGGCUUGCUGGGAGUUGUAGUUUUUGCAGCAGCUGGAGGGCCACAAUAAUAGUUGCAGUAUUCAGUUGCUAAACUACAACUCCCAGCAUGCCCAGACAGUUGGGAGUUGUAGAUUUGCAACAACGGGAGAGGCACAGGAUUCUGAAGCUGUUGUAAAACGACAACUCCCAACUCUCUGGGCAUGCUGGGAGUUGUAGUGUUGCAACCGAAUACUGCAACUAUUAUUGUGGCCCUCCAGCGGUUGUAAAAACUACAACUCCCAGCAUGCCCUGACAGUCUGUCUAAAAAGUUAUUCAACAGUUUUCUGUCAUGGCUGCUGCAACUCUUGGCGAGACCGGACAGACAGCCCUGGGCUUGCUGGGAGUUGUAGUUUUGCAACAGCUGGAGGGCCACAAUAAUAGUUGCAGUAUUCAGUUGCAAAACUACAACUCCCAGCAUGCCCAGACAGUUGGGAGUUGUAGGUUGCAAUAAGUGGAGAAACAAAGGUUCUGGAAGACCGUACGGGAUAGUAUAAAGCACAGCGGGGGAGGGGUGGAGUAGCUGCGGAAAGUAUCUGGGCCCCCGGAUUUUCUCCUCUGGACUCUUUAAACCUCCUUUUAUUAAAUUCGGUUUUUGGCAGAAGGUGAAGGGGGGG